AUGUUAGUAGACAAUCAUCUGAACACCGAUAAUGAGAGUGAUAAUAAAACUGAAGGCUCCAAAUCAACAUUCCGCAAGCGUGUGAGGCACCGGACGUACACAUAUGGGAUUCAACAGAAUUUUCUCGUGAGAGACAUAAUCCUCUGUCACUGGUCUACUCUAGGUUUGAAAAUUCGAGGUGGAAAACCAAACCGCGCCGGACGUCUCUGUGCCUAUGUCACCCGGGUAAAACCGGGCAGUCCUGCGGAUGUGGUCGGACAACUUCGAGCUGGCGACGAGGUGCUCGAGUGGAGCGGUCAGUCAUUGCGCGACUGUACGGCAGAUGAGGUGAGCCGUAUUGUUCAUCAGUCGAAGGCAGAUGCCCAAGUCGAGCUGAUCGUGCAACGAUUUAAUUUUGUAAAUACGGAUCAUUCCAUUAAUUAUCCAGUGUCUUCGUGA